AUGGCGGCCGCUUCGGGGCUGACGAUUGUGAUCAAACUCGGUGCGGGGAUACAUAUACGUCAAUGCGUCAACUUGGACGUGCGAAGCAGGACAAGUUCGAUUGUCGACGAGAAGACACAUGAGCCCAUUCUCUCCAUUUUGACAUUGAUUGUUGAAACGGUAGCUAAGCUGCGCAAAGAUGGACAUAGAGUCGUGCUCGUUUCCUCUGGCGCGGUGGGGGUUGGUUUGCGGAGGAUGGACGUGGAUGAAAGACCGAAAUAUCUACCCCGAAUACAGGCACUCGCUGCUGUCGGACAGUGUCGACUGAUGAGCUUGUGGGAUAACCUCUUCUCACACCUCAAUGUUCCGGUGGCUCAAAUUCUUUUGACGAGAAACGACAUUGCAGAUAAAACUCAAUAUUUCAAUGCACAAAAUACCUUCGAGCAACUAUUUGACAUGGGUGUGAUCCCAAUUGUCAACGAGAAUGACACUUUAGCUGUUUCUCUAACCUUACAUGGCGUUCCCGUCUUCAAGGAAAUCAAAUUUGGCGAUAACGAUACCCUCUCAGCUAUUGCUGCGGCCACAGUCAAGGCCGAUUACCUAUUCUUAAUGACGGACGUUGACUGCCUCUACACCGCGAAUCCUCGCACAAACCCCGAUGCCGAGCCCAUCGAGGUCGUUUCCGACAUCUCAUCGCUCGAAGCCGACGUUUCAUCAGCGGGAUCUUCCUUAGGAACUGGGGGCAUGAGUACUAAGAUUGUGGCAGCGAAACUCGGAACCAGCGCCGGAGUAACUACAGUUAUCACCAAAAGCUCCAAACCCGGCAACGUUCACGACAUCGUGAAGUAUCUCCAGGCCCUGCAAGCCAAAUCCAAAUCCGACUCAAAUGGUGAUGGUGCCGGUGAUGGGAUAGAAAUUCCCCCAGCACCGUUACACACGCGCUUCCUCCCCUCGGAAACCCCAAUCCAAUCCCGAACAUUCUGGCUCCUGCACGGCCUCCAACCGCACGGAACAAUCUACAUCGACCCAGGCGCCUACGAUGCCCUCCUCCUAAACAAAGCCAGCCUCCUCCCCGCCGGCGUCCUCGCCGUCGAAGGCCACUUCGGAGCCCACGAAGCCGUCCGUCUCGUCGUUGCAGAACGACCGGACCUAGACGCACUUAAUGGCGAUUUCCUGCUCCAUAGCCAAGAACCGAAGGAGGUUGGCCGCGCGCUCGUGAAUUAUGGCAGUUUUGAAAUCGAUCAUAUUAAGGGUCAUCGGAGUUCGCAGAUUAAUGAUUUGCUUGGGUAUUCGGAUAGCGAUUAUGUUGCUCUUCAUGAGAAUAUCUCUUUUCACCCGGAGGAUCGACAUAAUCAUCGUCCCGCGACACCGGUUAUGACUCCUGCGCUUGAGGAGUGGAAGUCGCCCAAGUCGCCGACGCCGAUGUCGCCUUAG